AUGAGAACAAGCGCUUCAACUAUUGUUACAACGACAGCAAACAUUCCAACUGCUACUACGUCGACUAUUGUUACAACAACAACAAGCAUUUUAACUGCUACCACAUCGACUAUUGUUACAACGACAACAAGCACUUCAACUACUUUCAUAUCGACUAUUGUUACAACAACAAACAUUCCAACUACUACCACAGUGACUAUUCUUACGGUUCCUCAGACUACAACAACGAUAGUAGAAACAUCUACUAGUACGACUACAGCAUCCAUCUUAUCUUCUAAAACUACAGUAUCUUCAACGUCAUAUAGCACAACGUCAACAACAAAGGACAGAACUGAUGUAGAACAUCAAGGAACAACAACAAUAGAAGCAUUACCAAAGGAAUCACCUGUUGUUGGUAUUGUUGUGGGCACAUUAGUCGGUGUUGUUAGUGUCAUUUUGAUUGUGAGUAUGUAUUUAAAUCGUGAUAAGUUACGUGCUCGACUCUCGCGAACAUCAAACGGAACUCCAAAAUUAAUUCCUAUAUUUAUAAAUGAUGAUGAAUCGGAUGCUUACGUUCGGCUUGAUCAUACUAAAGAACCAGCCUCAUCAGCCUAG